AUGGGCGGGACGGCCAGCACCCGUCGGGUCACCUUCGAGGCGGACGAGAAUGAGAACAUCACGGUGGUGAAGGGCAUCCGGCUUUCGGAAAACGUGAUUGAUCGAAUGAAGGAAUCCUCUCCAUCUGGUUCGAAGUCUCCGCGGUAUUCUGGUGGUUAUGGGGCCUCAGUUUCUGAAGAAGACUUGAAAAGAAGAGUAGCUGAGGAGCUGGCCCUGGAACAAGCCAGGAAAGAAUCUGAAAAACAAAAGCGGCUAAAGCAAAGCAAAGAGCUGGAGCGGGAGAGAGCCGCUGCCAAUGAACAGCUGACCAGAGCUAUUCUGCGAGAGAGAGUCCACAGUGAGGAGGAGCGCUCUAAAGCCAAGCACCUGGUUAAGCAGCUGGAAGAGAAAGAUCGGGUGAUCAGGAAGCAGGAUGCAUUCUACAAAGAACAGCUGGCUAGACUGGAGGAACGGAGCUCAGAAUUCUACAAAGUGACCACCGAGCAAUAUCAGAAAGCUGCCGAAGAGGUGGAAGGAAAGUUCAAGCGGUAUGAUUACCAUCCCAUCUGUGCUGACCUGCAGGCCAAAAUUCUCCAGUGUUACCGCCAGAACGCCCAGCAGACCCUCAGCUGCUCUGCUCUGGCAGCCGAGUACAUGCAGUGUGUCAACCGGGCCAAGCAGGUGCAGACACCUCUGAGCGCACUCGGUUGGUUAGCAGCCUUUUGGUCAGCCACGGAGGUGUUCGAUGUUGGCACCACCCUGGAACACGAUGCUAAUAGAAGAUAA